AUUAAUAAUUUCAUAGUCACAUGCUGGGGAGAAGCAAAAGGGGAACAAUAACCUUGCUAGCUGACGGAUAUGAAUUAAAAGGCCAAGAAAAGAAGAAGUGGUUGUCGCAUUAAUGUGACAAUAUAAAACAUCCAUCAUCAUUGUUACUCUCCAGGGGAUGCAACAUGGUGAGAUUUGAUCGUAGAGAAGUUUCAGUGCAGAUGGACUAUUUGAACGUGCCUCAAGCUUCAAGCAAAGGAGGAACAGAGGCAGUGACAGCAAGAAAUGUGUACAAACUAGUCGCCGUGAGCCUCGGACUCUUGUGUGUCCUGCAAGCUGCUCUCAACAUUUCACUUCGUCUUACCACUCUGCAUUCUGACAGUAAAAAAGAAGAAAUUGCAACAGAUGCUACUUGCACAAACUCCACUCAAGAGACUGAAGAAUUGAAAAGAAAAAUCUCUACUAUUGAUAGCUAUGGUCGGAAAGGAUGGGUAUAUUUCCUCUCCAGUUUGUAUUACAUCUCUUCCACAACCAGAACUUGGUUCGGCAGUCGAGCUGACUGCCUGAGGAGAGGUGCGGACCUGGUGGUGAUUAACAGCAGAGAAGAGCAGAACUUUGUAGUGAAAUUCAACAAGCUGCUGUGGAUUGGGCUGAAAGAGCAAGAGGGCACAUGGAAAUGGGUUGACGGGUCUCAGCUGAAAACAAGCUACUGGGCUUCAAAUGAACCUAAUAAUUAUGAAGGUGCAAAGGAAGAUUGUGUACAAAUACGGUUUCAUGAAAUCAAUAACAGCUGGAAUGAUGUCAUAUGUGAAGAAGAACAUUUUUGGAUCUGUGAAAAAACUGUGUGAUGCAACUUUUAGGAGAUGAUACAACUUUAUGAACUCUGAACCAAGUUCAUUUUACAUACUGUAUUUGUAAUCGUUUGCUGAGGAGCAAGAGCUCAUUUACAAGUAGAUGUCAAAAAUCGUCUGUUCUUCUGCUUGUGCUUCCUUUUAUAAACAGUGCAUGUCUGUGGAGAAACCACUGGGCUGAAAAAAAAAGAAUAUAUCGUCUUUGUGCCAUAUGACAUCCGUGCGUUCAUUUUCUGUGGUGCUUAUCCUCAUUAAGGCACAGGUGAGCUGAAGCCUAUCUCAGAUAAUUUUGGGCGAAAGGCAGGGCUGGACUGGUCGCCAGUCAAUCGCAGAGCAGACAAUCAACCAUUCAAACAUCCAACCGCACGAGAUGUCUCGAAUGAACCUAACAUGGAUGUUUUGGGAAUGUAUGAGGAAGUUGGACUACCGGAGAAAACCCACACAAGAGCAGAAAGAACAGGCCAACUCCACAGAAGAAUCCCAGAGCCAAGAUUCAAACCCUGAACCUCAGAACUGUGAGGCAGAUUUGCAAAACAAUAGUAAAAUGAGAAAAACUAAAAAUGUGCUUCACUCGAGUGGCGUCGCUACAACUAUUCUUAUUUUCUGUUUUUAUAACAACAUGAGUAAAAUUCAAGACAA